UUUUACACACAAAUAUUGUACAGUCUUACGUGGACUUAGCAUAUCAUUAUUAUUGCUUACUGGCUAAGGAUCUAAUUCAAUUGCUAGUGGUGAUGUGUCGUACAAAUUCUUGUAUAAAUAUCCCUUAUUGCAACAAGAAUAACACAACAAUUUUCUCGCAGCUCUCCUUAGCAAUUCGUCAUUUCCUUUUACAAUUUCUCUCUCAAUUUACAAUUUCUUAAGCUUUUAGUCAUAAGCUAUUUAGCAUAUAUAUAUUAUAAAUAAUAUUCUAUAACAUGAUUUAUAUUAUAAACGAGGAAAGAGGGGAAUGAUCGUUAUCGGAAAAUAUCUCAAAUUAAAAUUCAAAUCUAGAAUAUAUUAAUCAUUACGGAGAAGUGGGGCAAACUGGAAUUAUUAUAAUUAAAUCAAAUUGGGGAGAAGGGGUGAAAUUGGAAUUGGGGUUUGAAAUCCCAAAUUUGUUUAUAUUUAGUUUCGAAUUGAAAUUUCCCACCCUGAAAGCAGCGGCGAACCAAUAAAACCUUUUCCACUCCGACAACCAUUUUUCUGUGAUCGGAGAGGAGACGGCAGCAGCGAAGGAGAAAGAUACGGCUUGGCGGUGGGAUUGUAGCAGAUUGACAGUCUUGUGGCGGACUUUGGUGGUUAGGACCCGUGUCGAGUGCUCUGAUUUGGGAGUCGGAAUUGGAAAUUAGUCAUUUACAAAUUGUAGCUUUUGAUCCGUGUGGAAGCUGGAUAACCUUCCACCAUUUCGAAGUUCAGAUUUGCUAGUAAACCUCACGAGCUGAAAGGUUGGACUUCAACUACAAAAAUGGAUGAUUGGGACUUAAGCGCAGAGGAAUUGGAUUACCUGGAAAGAGAUGCCAUAAAGCAAUUGGCUGAGCGCAAUUACUCAUCUACUGCUUCCACCGCGCAAAACAGUUGCAUCAGUAGGCCUGAUGUAUCUUCCCGACCAGCUGUGGUGCCAUCUUCUCGUUCCCCAGCCAAGCCUGCUUUUCUAUCUCGUCCAUCUCUGGACAAUGAUAAGCAGACCGGCACAGCACCGCAGGCAAGAAUAUUACCUUCAUCCGUGGUGCCAAAAAUGAAGGAAGAUCCUCCAAACCAGCAACAUCCGAAGGUUGCAGUUAAAUUUUUUUUACAUGCCAGUGGAAACAUUGCCGCGAAAUUUCCUUACGACAAGGUACUUGUAGGAGCUUUCCACAAAAUUCCAAAAUCCAACUGGAAUUCAAAAGAAAGAUUGUGGAUGUUUCCUAUGUCAUCACUAUCAACUGCAGAAAGUGUUCUCAAUGACGUCACUGGUUCUAAUGUUGAGAUAGAGAACUUAGAUCCUAUGGUAAGGCGUGCUAUUACUGCUGCCACUUCACUUCCGGAUCUUCAAGACCAAUAUGAUAAGAUUCCCAGCUCCAUUGAAGCAAAGCUACUGCCUUUCCAACGUGACGGUGUCAGAUUUAUAUUGAAGCAUGGAGGGCGGGUCCUGCUUGCUGAUGAAAUGGGGCUGGGAAAGACUAUUCAGGCCAUUGCAGUAGUCUCUUGCAUUCGUGAAGCAUGGCCUGUUCUCGUUAUCACCCCAUCUUCCUUGAGACUUCAAUGGGCUUCUAUGAUUAAUCAGUGGCUGGAUAUUCCAUCAUCAGAUAUAUUGGUGGUUAUGUCUCAGUUGAGUGGUUCAAACAGAGGUGGGUUUAAUAUAGUGCCCUCAAACACCAAGAGGCCAAUUACUCUUGAUGGCGUCUUCAACAUCAUAUCAUAUGACGUCGUACCUAAGUUACAGCCCUUACUUUUGGCUUCCGAUUUCAAGGUUGUGAUUGCGGAUGAAUCACAUUUCCUGAAGAAUGCCCAAGCAAAACGAACAACUGCAUCACUUCCCAUAUUGCAGAGAGCUGACUAUAAAAUCUUGCUCAGUGGAACUCCAGCAUUGUCACGACCAAUUGAACUAUUCAAACAGUUGGAAGCCUUAUAUCCUGAUGUGUAUAAGAAUGUCCAUGAUUAUGGUAACCGUUAUUGCAAGGGUGGUGUGUUUGGACUCUAUCAAGGUGCAAGUAAUCAUGAAGAGCUGCAUAAUUUGAUGAAAGCAACAUUAAUGAUCCGAAGACUCAAGAAAGAUGUUCUUUUAGAGCUUCCGGUUAAACGCAGGCAACAGAUUUUCCUGGAGCUGGGAAAUGAGGAAAUGAGAAAAAUCAACGCUUUGUUCCGUGAGUUAGAGGUUUUGAAAAUAAAAACCAAGUCAUGCCAGUCCAAAGAAGAAGCUGAAUCACUCAAGUUUUCAGAGAAAAAUCUUAUUAAUAAGAUUUAUACUGAUUCUGCUGAAGCGAAGAUUCCAGCUGUUUUAGACUACCUUGGAACCAUAAUUGAGGCAGGUUGCAAAUUUCUAAUAUUUGCGCACCAUCAACCGAUGAUUGACUCAAUACACAAAUUUCUCCUGAAGAAAAAAGUCGGAUGCAUAAGGAUUGAUGGCACCACACCGUCAGCAUCAAGACAAGCUUUAGUGACUGAAUUUCAGGAAAAGGAUUCGGUGAAGGCUGCAGUGUUAUCCAUCAAAGCCGGAGGCGUCGGCUUAACAUUGACAGCAGCAAGCACAGUGAUAUUCGCAGAAUUAUCUUGGACUCCAGGUGAUAUGAUUCAAGCAGAAGAUCGUGCCCAUAGGAUUGGUCAGGUAUCAUCAGUUAAUGUAUACUAUUUGCUGGCAAAUGACACGGUCGAUGACAUAAUAUGGGAUGUCAUCCAGAACAAGCUGGAAAAUCUUGGACAGAUGCUUGAUGGCCAUGAGAAUUCUCUACAAGUAGUUGGUCAACCAGGAAGGAGCCCUUUGAAACAUAAGACUACAGGAAGCAGCCCUUUGAAACAUAAGACUAUAGGAAGCAGCCCUUCGAAACACAAGAAUUUAGAAAGCAGCCCUCUGAAACAGAAGACACUCCACUCGUUCAUGAAGCGUUGUGAUAAUUCUCAGUCAGAUGAUGAACCUAAGCACAAAUACCCCAGGCAGUGAAAUCACAGCUACAUAUAUAUAAGGUUAAAACAAAACAAAAUGCACAAAAACAGAGUCCGAGGAGCAUUAGUUUUCUUGUCCGUUAAUCAAAUUUUCGGUUUAGUCUCAUAGGAUUAGCCUAAAACAAGUAUUGUUCUUCAGUACCAUAUUAAUAUAUUGCUUGAAGUUCUGUAAGAGAUGAUGAAUACGUUGCUGUAUUUACACUCCGAUAAAUGCAGGUUUUUUUUUUUUUUUUUUUUUUUUUUGUAAAAAGCUAGACAUUUAACUGAUACUAAUCAUCGAUUCGCAUUUAUUGUUUUGAGUGUGCCAAAUAAUUUUAGGCCUCGUUGAACGUCAUUUAAUGUUUGGUUAGUCU